CGCCAUGGGCAGCCGCCUCCUCAACCUGCUCCUCAUGGAGGUGGCGGCCAUCGUCAGCAUCGUCCUCCUCGCCCUCCUCGUCGUGCUCAGCUCCUACCGCCGCCGCUCCGGCCACCCGGCGCUCCGCCUCUUCGUCUGGGCCGCCUCCACGCUCUUCCUCCCGCUCGUCUCCUACGCCGUCUCGGCCGCCGCCAGGUGGGACAUCGCGCGCGUGCCCCUCCUCCUCGCCUGGACCGUCUUCCUCCAGAUGCUGCGCAACACCAUCGACACCGCCUGCUCCUCCUCCUCGUCGUUCACGGUCGGCAACGGCAGCGCCACCAGCAAGUUCCGGCCCUCCGUCGAGCAGCUGGCGCGGAUGGGCUGGGUGGCGUUCCUCAUCGUCAGCAGCGGCGGUGCUGCCGGGAGCCCGCAGCUCACCGGGGUGCUCCUUUGGCUGUGGGUGCUCAGCCUCGCCAAGCUCGUCCACCGGCUCGUCGCCGCCGAGCUCGCCAAGAAUUCCUUCGCCGUCGGCCUUAACGCCUACCUCAUCGCCGAUUACAUGAAACAGCUGCACGGGCAAGACCAUGGAAAUGGAGGCCAGGAGCACGACGUGCAAGCUCCUCCUUUCUUGGUGAUGGGCGAGGAGAAGCUGCAAAUCGAGGCGAGGCCGCAGGGGUACCGCAUUGGCCGCCGGACGUCGCCGCCGCCAUUGUCCGUCGAUGCCGGGCACGUGGUCACCUUGGACCGGAUAUGCCAGCUGUCUUCCACCGGCGAACCCCUCCUCACUUCUGACCCGCAGAUCAAGGACACCUGCCUCUCCUUUGCAUUGUUCAAGCUGCAGCUCCGGAGGUUCGUCGGUUGCCCCAUCGCCGAGGCGGGCUCUCGCCGCGCGGUGGCGUUCGUGCUCGACGGCCUCCUCGGCGGGAGCCACGAGCGGGCGUUCCGGGUGAUCGAGACCGAGCUGUCCUUCCUCACCGACUUCCUCUACUCCAAGCUCACCGUCUUCUACGCGAGCGGGUGGUGGUUCCCGGUGCUCAACUCGAUGCUCGUGCUCGCCACUUGGAUCAGCUGCCUCGCUGCCGGCGGCGCCAUCGUGCACGACAUGACGUGCCGCCGCGGCACGGCGCUCGCCAUCGAUUACGAAGAACUCAGGAACUACCUGGAGAACCACGACACCGUCUUCCACGUCAUCGUCGGCCUCGACGUGCUCGUCACCGUCGCGUUCAUCGUCGCCAUCGUGUUCACGGAGGGGUGGGAGAUCGCCACCUACGUCCGCUCCGACUGGAUCAAGGUGUCCACCAUCUGCGAGUACGUGCGCCGGCCGUCGUGGCGCAAGUCGCCGUGGACUCGCCGCAACGUCGGCAGAGUGCUCCGGUUCAAGCCAAUGCAGCGCUGGGACGACCGGUUCUGGCAGACGUCCAUCCUGCAGCUCCGGCUGUGCUACUGCGGCUGCGUCUCCCGGCAGGUCGACCGGAUCUCGAAGUCGUCGGUCACGGUGCCGGCGGCGGUGAAGUCGGCCGUCGUGGACAUGCUGAGGACAAACCAGGGGAGCCUGGGGAACGGCGUGCUCUCGCUGCACCGGAACGGCGUCGCCGACAAGCUCGCCUGGGCGUGCCGCGCCGGCGCUGGCGACAGCGUCGCCGAGAACAGCGUCUCCGAGCAGAUCCUGGUAUGGCACGUCGCAACAAGGCUUGUCGAGAUCAAGCGUUCAGAGGGGGCCCACGGGAAGCACGACGACGACGGCGACGGCGGAGAAGACAGCGACGCGGUGGUCGUGGCGACGCGCCUCUCACGGUACUGCGCCUACCUGGUGGCGCUGAAGCCGGAGCUCCUGCCGGACCACCGCGCCUGGACGGAGGAGCUCUACGAGGGCGUGGUGGAGGAGGUGACGAGGGUGCUCGCCCGCUGCGCCGCGCCGGUGGUGCGGUACGAGCGAGCGGCGACGUGCCUCGGCGGCAGCAUGAACGCCACGCUGAGGAAGGCAGCCAAGCUCGGCCGGCAGCUCGGACAGGAGCUCGGCGGCGACGAGGAGUUGGUCUGGAGAGUGCUCGCCGAUUUCUGGGCCGAGCUCGUCCUCUACCUCGCGCCGUCCGAGAACGUGGCCGCGCACUCCAAGUCGCUCCGCCGCGGCGGCGAGUUCAUCACCGUGCUCUGGGCCUUGCUCGGUCACGCCGGUAUCGUCAGCCGUCCCGAUACUGAUGUUCUAUGA